AUGACCUCGACCUUUGAUAUCUCGCCUGAGAAAAGGGCAGGCCAACUUGCAUUUUUCUACCGCCAGCUUUUCGUCACCCCGCCGCCCGUGUCACCCCGCGAGGUGCAACUAGAUGGAAAGACAGCAGUAGUCACAGGAUCCAACGGCGGCAUAGGGCUAGAAACUGCACGACAACUUCUAGACUUAGGAUCCAAGGUUAUUCUGGCUGUGCGCGAUGAAAGCAAAGGCGAGAAUGCCCGCAAGAUACUCGCCAAGGGUCGGAAUCUUCCAUUUGGAUCCAUUCAGGUUUGGAAGUUGGACCUCUCAGACUAUGACUCCAUAAUCUCCUUCGCAGAGCGGUGUAAAACCCUAGAGCACCUCGAUAUAGCCAUUCUCAACGCCGGAAUAUACAAAGUCGCCGAGUCAUUCGACGCGACCGGUUAUGAGGAGGGCAUACACAUCAAUUACCUGUCCAACGUACUGCUCACGCUCCUCCUGCUGCCCGUUAUCAAAGAGAAGAAAAGCGCAGCAGGCAGUCCUGGUCACAUCUCUGUGGUGACAUCCGACACGGGCGCAUGGUCUCGGUUCGACGAAAGGACCUCAGACCCUCUGCUAGCCGCCUUCAAGCAGAAGAUGCCGACCUGGGACAGUGGAGACCGCUACGGGACGGCAAAGCUUCUUCAGCAGCUAUUCAUUGCCGAACUGUCAAAGCAUAUCUCCCCGUCAGUCGUCACUCUGUCCUGUGCCAACCCUGGAUUCUGCCACGGAUCAGACCUCGCGCGCGAAACCACUGGUAUCUUCCGAUUCCUAUACAAGGUCCAAGCCUUCAUUCUUAGUCGGCCUCCAUCGGUUGGCGCACGCACUCUGGUACACGCCGUCACCACCCUCGGCAACCAGGCCCAUGGGCAGUACGUCGAAGACGCCAAGAUCCAACCCAUGCCGCCGAUUGCAUACCAGCCCGAAGGCAUCCGGCUUGCGAAGAAGCUUUACGAGGAAACACUAGAUGAAUUUUCGUUUGCUGGCGUAAGAGGUCUUGUUAAUGAGAUAUCAAAGUCAAGGUAG